AACAAUAUAAUAACCUGCGUCAAUGAUAUUAUUGAGUAUAUUAACAUGCCAAAUGUAUAAAAAAAAUCUCUAAAUCAAAAUUGUGAAAUGUGUAAAACUGAAUUUUCCAUUUUUAGAAAUUAGAAAGUUUUUGUUAAAUUGUGAGAGGAAAUCGUAUGUCCAAAUUUGGAGGAAGAAGGGACUUUGAUCCUGAGAGUUACAAGGGGAGCGAGCAGGGAUACAGAGACGAUAAUUCGUUCCAUAGUAUAAACAGGCAAUCUAGUGUUGUAUCCAACUAUACAGCAUUCUCUAAACCAACCCUCUCACCCCAGAACAGUUUAUUGUUCCCGAGAACUCCAAUAGUUGUCGAGACAGGAUUAAACAGAACAAGGAUGGGAACUAUGGGAGUAGAUGAGAGUAUAUUUCACUGGAAGAUAUUAAACCUGAGCAGAGCCAAGCUGAAGGCCUCCAGCAGAACUUCGGCCCUGCUCUCCGGGUUCGCCAUGGUCGCCAUGGUGGAGAUACAGAUCGAUGAAACUAUCCCGAGGGGUUUGUUGAUCGCCUUCGCAGUUUGCACAGUUUUAUUGAUUGCAGUACACAUGUUAGCUCUGAUGAUAUCCACCUGUAUACUGCCUAAUGUAGAGGCUGUAUCCAACCUACAUGUUCAGACUCCGAAUACUGUAUUUGAGUCUCCGCACAGGAAGAUGUCCAAGAUUAUAGAACUGUCUUGGGGAUUCAGUACUGUACUAGGAAUCCUACUCUUUCUAGUUGAGAUAGCAAUCCUCUGUUGGGUGAAGUUCUAUAAGUUUGAUGUAGUAGUUGCCUGGGUAGCAACAGCUCUACUUAUUCCAAUCAUUUUCAUCUUCAUCGCCUUUGCAGCACAUUUCUACUUAAAGUUGGUGUCCCACAAGUCCGAGGUGUAUGAGCACAAUAUGAAGGAGCUGGAGCUGCUGAAGGAUCAGCUAGACGAGGGGAACCAGAUUUUUAAUGUACCUCAGAUAUCAGUUUUACCAUGGGUUCAGAAAAAAAUGAUAAUUGUCUAGACUACGGCUAGGAUAAAACUGCAUGUAUAUACAAGCUCAGAUAAAUAUAGCUUUUGAAACAGUUUCAAAUUUAUGAUCGGUAUCUCUCAAGUAAAAAACAUUUAGGCUUUCAGCCAUAUUUUUCAAAUCAGGGUAUAACCGUCCAACGUGUUUUUUUAGGAUUUUUUAGAAAAUAAAAUAAUAAUCGGUCACAAAAUAUAUGAGUACUGCUAGUGCCAAAUCAUCCUGAGCCAAAAUAUUUUAAUUUUGAUGUGAUUUUAAUGCAUAUAGCACACUUGAGAUAUACCAAUCAACUCAAAAUGAACAAAUAUGAUAAAUACAUAGAUAUUAGAUAAUGAUUUAUCAAUCUUUAUUUAAAUAUGUUCAUAUAAUGUUAAGUGCCUUUGUUAAAUAUAUCUGAUAACGAUG